AUGGAAAGGACGUAUUCCCAGAUUGCGCAAGCAAGCAAUGACCAGCAGCAACAACCACAACAGCAAACAGAUUUACAAGUGAAGCAACCACAACCACAACAGGAACAACAGCAGCAGCAACAACAACAGCAACAACAACAACAAACAACCAUGCAGAUACAGCUUCCAUCUGCCACGUUUGGACCACAAUCCCAGCAACGGCCAGCGUCACCGUUCAUGCCGCUGGAUUUAUCAGGGACGACCGUCUUUGAUUGGGUGGCCGCUGCUACCGGCAACAAUAAUGCUGCUACGUGUACUAUUACAAAUAAUCAAGACGACGAACACAUGGCUAUUUCCGAUGAUGCGAACAAUGGCAAUGAUACUGUUCAUGGUACAGCAACAGUGUCAGCAUUUCAGGACAUUAAACCAUUGUCAUUGAGCAUGGAUCCGACUAGUACUACUGCUACUACUACUGCUACCCGGCCAUCAUCACUCUUUGUGGAAACCAAGAGGAUGAGUCCGCUUGCAUCGUGGAUCACCAAUGAUGACACUACUACUUUUACAAACACCAAUACCUUCAAUCCACAGGAGUAUCAGUUGAUGGACCCCAAGCAUCAAUCACUCUUCUUUUUGCAAACGGCAGCGGAACAAGAGGCUGUCAACAAAGCGAUUGAACGGGAGAAUGCGCUGCUGCAUCAGCAGUUGAUUGACAUGGCCCAAGCAAAGACGCCAACUUCCUUGGACACUUCUAUGGAAGAGGCUAGGGAGCAGUUGCAGCAACAAACGUUACAAGAACAAGAAGAAAGACAAAAAGCUCUGGCCAAGGAAAAUGCCAAGAUCCAAAUCAAGCUAGCCCAAGUCCAAUGGAGGGGUCCGGAACCGAAACUGGCUCCAGCGGUUGAACAGAAACUAUCAGACUUUGAACAAGAACGACUCGAGGCCAUGGAAGUCAAGAAGCAAACCGAGGAACAGGUAGCAAAAGAGAAUGCCCGACUGAAACUCAGAUUGGCCCAAGUGCAAUGGAAACAACCGACGCAUUUGGACGACACCGUCCAACAACGCCGCAAAGAACUGAAAGAAGAACGCCGCAAAAGUAUGGAGGAACGAAAGCACAAGAAUCAGAUAUUGGCCAAGGAAAAUGCUCUUUUGAAGAAACGAUUGUCUCGAGUGCAAGGGAAAUUGUCUAGUCAUCUCGACACCUCGGUCGAGCAACGAAGGCUAGACUUGGUGGAAGAACGUCGCAAGAGUUUGGAACAACUCCGACAAGCCCAAGCUCGUCAAGCAAGCAGCACCAGUACUACUCCUCGCAUGACGACCAAAUCUCCCACCAAUACGACGUUAGACAAUUCUAUUGUACAACGACGUCAAGAGUUGGAGAAUGAGCGACGGCGAAAGGCCGAACGCAAACGACUGGAACUGCGGGCCCACAGCAAGGCCAUGAAGGAACGCUUGAACCGCGUCAGGGGAAAGGAACAAAAGUCUCUAGACAAGGCUACCAAAUCCAAACGUACGGAACUCCAAGAAAAGAGAGCCAAUGCUAGAUUAAAAGAAGAACAAGAGCAAAAGAGACACGGUGCCAAGUUUCGCAAACGUAUGUCCCAAUUCUAUGAGUCGGAGGAAUACCAAGACAACUCACCCGUGGCCACCAUUCAGCGCUUUUCGUUUGAUCAUGACGAACGCCGCAAAGUGCAAAAGAAGAAACAACAAGAGGCGUUGCAAAAGAAAAAGGAGGAAAUGGAACAGCACAAGAAGGAAUUCUUGAAACGGACCCGUGGUAUCAAGCGUGGUCGUACCAACAAAUCGUUGGAUGCCGAAGUCGAAGCUUUGCGCAAAGAUUUGGCCCAAAAGAGCAUUAGUGACAAUCAAGAACGAACGGAAAAGAUUCGCAAGCAGAAUAUGGAAUUCCACAGUCGCGUCAAGAAUGUCAAGGGCCGAGGACACUCAUCGUUAACAACUGCCUCGAAACUACGAUUGGAAGCCACCGCGGAACGGCGCAAAACAUUGACUGCUGACAACAAUGUCAAGCCCAAGCAACAAUUGUCCGAUAUUUCUGGAAGAGAGACCAAGUCGCUAAGUGGUGUGGUGCAAUCUCUGCGGUCCGACAAGGAACAGUCUAGAAAACAAGCCAUUAUGCAAAAGCACAAGGAAUUGAUGCAACACCAAAAGUCCUACAAGAAACGAUUGUCGGAUGUGACAUCCAGAGAUUGCAUGAAGCUGAAUGAAACGACCCAAGCCGUUCGGACCCAACGAAAUGUCAAACGCAACACGGCCGUUCGGGAACGACAAAGGGAACUUCAAAAGCACAAGGCUAAAUUACAGAAAAUGGUGGAGAAUGUCAAGUCGCCCAUUCAACAAAUGAUUAGCAGCAAUAGUUCUACUACUGCUUCGUCGCCUCCCUUGAACUUUUCCAAGACGAAUCGGUCCGAUACAGCAAUGGUCACUCCGUCACCUAUUUCCUUUGGUACAACAACAGAGAUUCAAUCGACUCAACAACAAGUUCCAGGCACGAUCAAACUAUUUGAUUUCCAAACCAUGUCAAAUGCUACAACUCCCGAAAGUAUCCUUCAAGCAGCCAAGAAGUUGUCCAGUGAGAAAAAUAAAUUCUUGGGACAAAAGCGAAUUGUCGAGGCCUCUCAACGGAACCAGCAACUGAAGGAUCACAACUUAAAAUUGCGACAACGGUUGGCACAAUCGGCAGCAGCUUCCAUUCAAAAGUUGGAAUCCACUAUUACUCCUUAA